CACACAAUACAAAUAUGUAUGUAUAUAUAAGUACAUACAUAUGUGAAACAAAUUUUGCAAAUAAAAUGCAGCAAAACGUCAAUUAAACUGUAAUAUCAAAAUCGAAUUUCAUUAGAAGAGUGAACAAAUUAUAAAACAUAUUAAUAAAGUAACAAACCAUUAACCAUCUAGGGUUUGCAGUUAGUUGUCCUUGGUUACAGAAUUAAUUUGUAACGAGCAUAAAUGAAAGAUACGUGCGAUGCAACUGAGGCAAAGCGAACACUCUGACACGCACUUCGGGAUUACUAUAUUUUGGUGCACCUUCGGAGGCUUAAUAUUGAGUGGAAUUAUUGUAAUCGCAUACUGGAUAAGACGAUGCAGGACACUUGUAGCGAAGACAGUGCGCCCAAGCCGCUCACCGAGGACCUCAUCAUCUGCUGUCAGCCGCAGCAGCAUCCUUAUAAACUACCAGCUCAGAACGCUAUCUCGCGCUCCCAGUCAUCUAAGAUCGUACAGGACACGGCAUCGGUACAUGGUGCCGUUUAUCAACUAAAGCAGCAGCAGUCCUUGCCCACUCCACUGCCCGCGCAGCAACCCGUAGGUCUAACUGAGGCCUAUUCCUAUCCACAUCCCAAUCAGCACCCACACCCACAUCACCAUCACAACCACAACCCGCACGCGUCCAAGUCCGUCUCAAUUUUCGUCUACAAGACCCUCAAUACGGUCUUUAAGAGCAGCCGAAAAAUCAUUGUCAGAGUCUGCGAAGUAGCCAACGCCAAAAAGUCCCUCACCAUGUUUAAAUUCAACAAAGCCGCCCAGCAGCAACGCAUCGACAACCGGAACAGUUCUGUUACUGGACAUGAUCCGUUCGUGAGGCCACCGGUGCCGGAAAAGAAAGUGAAGCACAUCAUGAAGAAGCUGCACAAGCAAAAUGGACUGAAACGUUCCAACUCAGCCAUCGAGUUCGAUGUAUCAGCGCUCACAGCCGCUAAUCGUCGCCAAAUCUACAGUAGCAAUCGUUCGGCCAGCUCGGAGCAAGAUAACUCAGAUCAGUCCGAGCACUCGGAGAAAUCGCCACUGGUUAGCGCGAGGUUAGACAAUCUUGCUAGGCUCUUUUUUAGCAAAUCGAUGCCAGCGGAAACCGGAAGUAGAGAUACCAUAGAUUCAGUACUAACAACAAGGCCCAACAUCAAAUACCAGUAUUCAGCGCUCGAUAGUGGCAAUGGCAUCGUCGAGCGAAGUCCUCGGGAGCGAGCGCAACGGGAACGGGCCCUUAACACCACCCAGGAAUGGAUUCAGAGUGCUAAUGGACGCUACGAAGUGAUGGCACAUCUGGACGAAAUUGGAUCGCGACAUGGCAAGAACUGGUUUCUGGUCACAGAUGCAUCGGUACGCACGGACCGCCUGCUGACACUACUGCCUUUGCCAGCUGAUUGUGUAGCAUUCGAGGAUAUGGGACCCGGUGAGAGUCCUAGAGAGAUACUAAUGGAGUUGCUGGGCUCACUUCAUCAUCCGUAUAUCUACCCUGUACUGGACCUGGGCUUCUUGCGCAACUCUUCAAAUAACUAUGCGUGUUUUGUUACACCAUUCAACUCUCGCGGCAGUCUCAAGGAUCUAAUCUACAAGGCGCAAUGGAAUGAGCCCUGGGCGCGAAAAUAUACCCGCAAGCCAAAUGGACUGCCCGUCAGCCAAGUGCAGCGUUUGGGUCGUCAGAUUCUGGAGGCAUUGCUCUUCCUAAAGGAACGCGGCUUUGCGCUUCACGGUCACCUACACAGCGGUAACAUUAUUUUACAAAACGGAGCAGCCAGGCUGUCAGGCUUGGAGAACGGGCUGCUGGGCCUUAGUUCGCGUAUAAAUGCCGUCAUGUGGUCGCGGGCAGUACCAGAAAUCGAAAAUGUCGACAUUGUAUGCUUUGGCCACCUUCUCUAUGAAAUGUGCACAGGGCAGGAGCUGACCACGCCGAAGCCGUCCAUGCGUGUGCUAGAAAUGGAGCUGCAACAUUAUCCCCAAAUUGGGCAGAUUUUAGAAAUAUUGGGCCUUAUUUUUGAGCCGCCAAGCGGUGUGUGCCCCUCCGUCGAGGACCUAGUCCUUUGUGAUCUUUUUCGCAGUAUUGAUUUGCGUGAAUUGCGUGGACCCUGCUUCAGUACAAUCAAGCCGAGCCUAAGUAGAAGUACGCUUAAUUUGCUCCAUGCCGUAAAGAAACGUCAGUGUGCCUCCCUCGGCAACUCAUGCAGCCAGGCGAGCUCCCCCUGCACACCGCCGUCGACGCCACGUGACCAAAGACCCGGCAUCAGCCGUACCAUGGACUCAUUUGACAUAUCAAGCGACUCAGAGGAGGGUUUACUCGAUGUCGUCGUCGACACUGUGCAACAUAGCAUGGAAUACUACCGGCAGAGGCACUUACAGGAUGACAAAGCCACUUCCUCCACCACAUCAUUGUUCACGUGCACGCAAAAUAGACAGCCUUAUGAGCCGACAGAGUCGCCCAUCCAUUACUGCGAUUAUGCCGCCCACUCUGACGACCAGGAAAACGAAUAUCAGAGGUACAACCAACAGCCGACCAUAAGAUGCAGCACCAGCAGUCAAAGCAAUUUAAAUGUACUCCUUACUGAAGGACCACUCGGUGGCAAUUGUAGCGGUAGCAGUGCCAAUAGCUUGACCUCAAAGGGUCAGACCGAGAACGAGGAUGAUUUGCUCGAUGAAGGGCAGGAAAAGGCGGAGGUGGAGUUGGAAAAGAGUCAAGAGUUAGCAAACGGCUCGAGUAUUCUUCGCACCCAUGGUGCCAGUCUUCACGCCCACUGUUCCACAUCAAGCGUUUCGGCUGGCGCUUCAUUCAAUCAUCAGCUUACAGCGGAUAUGUGUAAUUACAAGAACUCAAAAAGCCGACGGCUGGAGUAUUCACUAAAAUGCCUGAAAUAUGGACGCAGCAAUCCAUCACAAGACUCUGCCUUUGGCUCUCUCACGGACAACGAUCUCUCAAUUGGCUCGAGCCUACGUCUAAGUAGCUUUCAGUCCAUAUCCUCACCCAUCGAUGAAGGCGUAGAGGAUAUUAUUAUAGCAACCACGACGGCGGGCAACGACACCUGCCUGGAACUGGCAACCAUACCGUGCAGUAUGGUUUCGCAAGACUCUGCCAUAUCGUCGCCUUGCCGCGAAAACUCGCCCAGCUACUUUCUCAACAUAGAUGACGCGCUGUCGGGGGGCUCUUGCUCUGGCGGUUCCACGUCGUCGAGCUCUAUGGGCAACAUAAGGCCCCAACAGUUUCCGGUAUCGCUCUCGCCAAAGAUUUUUGUUACCGCUACCAGCAAUUCAAGCAACUCAUCCCUGGCCUCGACUGGCAAUCUAUACUCCCAGUCCCAGACACCAGGCCACCAACAACAACAGCAGCAGCAGUUCGAUCCGCCCAAGAUACUUGUCAACGAUCAGAAUUCCAUAUAUACGACAUCCCCAUCCAAACGCUCGAGCAUGAUCGAAGUGUUCUCUCAAAAAUAUCGCGUUAGCUCCUUCGAAGACAUGUCACCAGGAAAACGAUCGGACAAGCAUCUGAAGCACGCAAAUCGACUAGCCUUUCGUUCCCUGGAGGAGGAACGUCGCAUCGACAACGCAUUCCUGCCCAUUGCUGAUCGAACCCAUUCGGACAAUCGCGUCAACCUGCAGAGCGAGAAGUAUAAGAAGCUUACCCAUGCCUCGUUUCGCAUCAGCAAGACCUCCUCCAGCCAGUCGACUGUGUACGACAACAGCCCCACGGCCCAUGACAACAUCGAGCUACAGCGUCCAGCCACUGCCUCCGGAUCGAGCAGCAGCAAUCGCCAAACAAUGUGGCGCGACAGCAAGUUCUAUCGCAAGAAUCGUAUCGCCAAGUCAAAUGAGUCUCUGCUCGAGAACUCACCCAAUCACUCGCUAAGACUUUCCCCUUCUCCACUGCGGGACAAUCACUUCGACAGUGGCAGCUGCUCAUCACAGAGCAGUCGCAGCCACAGUCGCCAAUCGUUUAAUCGCGGUGGCUCUAUCAAUGAGAUAAACGGCUCCAAGCAAGCUGUGGAGCUGGGACAAGGACUAAUCAUAACGACCAGCUUUUGCGGCAAUAGCGGAGGGCUGGUCGGUGGUCGUAGAUAUUGUAGUUCCAAGAGCGAGGAUCUUGGAGAAAGUUUAGAUUAUCUGCGGGUAAUGGACUCUCGGAAAUCGCAUUCGGAACGUCAUCUUGUUAGUCUCGUGAAACUUAAACAAACGGCCAUCAACAACACGAACAUCAGCAGUGACCAAUUCUGUCCCUCGGAGGACGAAAUGAGCUUCAACGACGACAAUAAUGCCUCAUCGUCAUCUGCAGCAUCCAAUGGAUGUCAACAGUCACAGCCACAUGUAAUCGCUAACAAGCAGCAGCAAUUACAGAAGAAAGUACCGCCUCCUCCUCCGCCUCCCUCACUUUACGCAGGCAAACGCUCACAGCACCGGCAACUAAGCUCUAGCAGCUCCUCUAUCAAUCACAUUAAGACGACCAAUACGAAGAACAUUUCGUUGGCCACCUUGCCCUGCCAAUCUAAUUUUGCAAAAAUUCCCUCCGCUUACCCAACUGCCAACAAUCCGACUCUCAACUGCACCACAAGCGAGCUGAACAAUUAUUCCACGCCGUCUAAGUCAAAGUCUCCUGACGUCGGCCAAAUGAAUCGGUGCAGCAGCAAUGAGGACAGCAGUUCAAUGGAUGAGUCGCCUUCACGACGAACUCCAAGUGGCAUCGAGCUAUCACGAAUUUUUGUGAUGGAAAUGGAUGACGCACUCGAUAGCAGCUGCAGCGAGGAGAAGACUCCGUUGCUGGACAGCGUAGAGAUGGCACCGAUCAGUCCAACUGAGCCGGACAUGGGGAAGCUCUAAGCGGAUCCCAAACCAAAGUAUGUGAUAAACAAAAUAUUGGGCAUUCUCAACAAAAAAAAGUAGCUCAAGGGGGUCCCUUGGAACAUUGGUUUUGCUUGGUUGGGACCCUGAUGGAUAAAAGGCCACGCUGCAAUGAUAAUUGUCUUCGUUCACAACCAAAAAGCUUUCUUCUGGUAACAAUAAUAAUGAUGAUGAUUUAUUUAUACUAACUCUAUAUUGGUACGUUUAUUGUACAAGUUAGAAACCCGGCUCCACUGAUACUCUACUCUCUAGACUGCGAGCCUCCCAUUUUUCUGAAGAUGAUUUUUAGUUAGUCGUAUUAGGUGGUAAGUGAUCUGAACUGUAACAUUUUUGCGUAUAGUUUUGAAUGUGAAAUUAUACCCGAAAAUUAUAUAUACAGACAUAGUUCAAAAAUUAAAGACUUAGGCUUCGCUAUUAUGUCUUAUUUUACGAUUACAAUACUUUAAAGUCCCAUUUUGAGCCGAAACCCAGUUGAAGAAAUCUACGAAUAUACUGUAUUAAAAACGAGACAUCUUUUAAAUGCAAUGUAGGCGGUAAUAAACUUUUAAAAAUAUUCAAAAUAAAGAAGCUGUAUAUGCCAUAAUCAUCAGCUGCAUUAAAUUUUUACAAAAAAAUCCUUAGGCCGAACACAUUCUAUGUGGAAAGUGAUGAUAUUCAAAUAUAGUGCUGGGAGACUUUCAUUCAUAUAUUGUUGUAAUUUUAAUUAACCUCACCAGAGCUCAAAUAAGAAGCAAAACUAGCAAACUUAAAUAGGCCAUACAAAUAUAUACGUAAAUAAAUUUAUCCCGCUCGACUUUUAAAUACCCUGAAGCCAACCGUUAAAGGAGCGAUUCAAAUGCUGGAGUUAUGUACAAUUUUAAAUAUUUCUUUAAAAAAAACGGACCUGGGAGAAACUGAAGUAGACGUUUGUGGGGUCUAUCCAUUACCCUUUCCCAAAUACAGACAGGCGAUUACUGAUAAUUUAAAUUUUUGUUUACCCUUAUUGGAUGCAAUAAAAAAUUUAAAAUUUGUUUACUUAAUAUCUAUAAAAAAAAAGACAAAAUUGAUUAGAAAUAGUACUUCUUGCUUUAAGAAGGGGAGUCACUUGAAUU